AUGCCCCUAAGCACUGAGGUAGAAGAUGUGUUACUCGCGUGCAGGUUUGGGGAUCUCGGCGACAUUCGCGCCUUUGUAGACACUCACGGGAGAGAUGCGUUAGCAAAUGCUCGAGAUGACCAAUGCAACUCGCCACUUCAUAUGGCAGCUGCAAAUGGGCAUGAUGAUGUUUUACGAUAUCUUCUUCCUAUUUUUCCGGCUUCCCUUUCCGCCGUACAAAAUGACUCGCAGUCCACGCCUCUUCAUUGGGCAGUCGUCAACAAACAUCUCACAACCAUUAAACUCUUAAUCGAACCUCCUCCCCCUUCCUCUACGAUCACAUCCUUACCAACAACAGGCGCACCACCACCACCCACCCCAUUAUCCUUAAUUCGCACCGAUCUUAUUGACAUCAGGAAUGCUGCAGGUCGGACGCCCCUUGUAGAGGCAGAACUAGCAGCAUGGGAUGAAGGUGCUGCCUACCUCGUUAGCGUGAUGACCCUUGACCACCAAGAGCAAGGCAAAACUACAGGUGGGCCGAAGGAGCAAGAAGCUGAUGAAGAGAUCGGUCUAGAUGAAGAUGCGGAUUCUCAUAUCGAGGUUGAGGAUGCAGAAGGGAAGAUAUCUAAAAUCUCGAUUAGAGCAGAAGAAGCGCCAACGACUUCGGCAUAA